CAAAAUCUUGCGCCGUUACAAAGGCCAAAAUCCUGACGACAGUGGACUGACUGUUUACAUGGGGAGUGAGACUUUACUAAACGUAUUUAUCGCCCCCAGCCCACUUAUAUAAGCCCCAGGGAAGAAGGGAAGGCACAGACACACCACGAAGCUCACGACCGUUGCAUUUGGUACUGCCCCAGCAUCAUGGCGGAGGGGCAGGAGGACAUGGCGCUGGCCGACCUAGAGCCCCUGGAGCCAAGCCUGAAGAACAUCGUGGAGCAGAAGACCCUUAAGUGGGUGUUCGUGGGCGGCAAGGGCGGCGUGGGCAAGACAACAACCAGCUGUAGCCUGGCGGUGCAGCUCUCCAAGACACGGGAAUCAGUGCUCAUCAUCUCCACAGACCCGGCUCACAACAUCUCCGAUGCCUUUGACCAGAAGUUCUCCAAGGUUCCCACUAAGGUCAAGGGCUUCGAGAACCUCUUUGCCAUGGAAAUCGACCCCAAUAUCGGGUACGGUGACCUGCCAGACGAGUAUUUUGAGGGUGCCACCGACGCCAUGCGCAUGGGCCGGGACAUCAUGCAGGAGGUGUUGGGCGCCUUCCCGGGCAUAGAUGAGGCCAUGAGCUACGCCGAGGUGAUGAAACUGGUGCAAGGGAUGAACUUUAGCGUGGUGGUGUUCGAUACGGCACCGACGGGACACACGCUGCGCCUUCUCUCCUUCCCGCAGGUCAUUGAGAAGUCCCUUGGCAAGCUGCUGCGCCUCAAGAGUCACAUCAGUCCCUUCGUCAACCAGGUGGCGGGGUUGCUGGGGAUGCAGGAGUUCAACGCAGACGAGGUGUCAGGCAAGCUGGAGGGCAUCUUACCCGUUAUACAGAAGGUCAACGAACAGUUCAAAAACCCGGACCAGACCACCUUCGUAUGUGUGUGCAUCGCCGAGUUCCUGUCCCUCUAUGAAACGGAGCGGCUGGUGCAGGAGUUGACGCGCUACGGCAUCGACACGCAUAACAUCGUCGUCAAUCAGCUACUUCUCGGAUCAGCGGGAGGCAGCAAGGACUGUUCAAUGUGCUCGGCCAGACGACGCAUACAGGCGAAAUAUCUCGACCAGAUUGCCGACCUGUACGAGGACUUCCACGUGGUGCGCCUGCCAUUGCUGGAGCAUGAGGUGAGGGGGGUGGAGCAGGUCAAAGAGUUCUCAGUCAACCUCGUCAAGCCAUACGAACCCCAGUAGCCAAGCUGAUGCCUCACUGCCCUUUCUGUCUAUGCCUCUUCCUCCUCCUCCUCCUCCUUAAUUGUCAUAUAGUUAUACUGUCUUUAUGAGAGAUGAGAAUUGCCAGCCAUAGAAGCCAGGUCACCAUCCAUCACUCACUUAUUCCUCCUCCUCCUCCUCCUCUUCUAUUUAUAGGGAUUGUAUAUUUAUAUCGCUUUUGUGGGAGUUGAGGAUUGUCAACCAUAGAAUCCAGGGCACCAUCCACCACUGUCCUCCUCCUUCUCCUCCUGCUCCUCCUCUUCUUCCAGCUUUAGGGAUCAUAUAUUUAUACCAUUUUUAUAGGAGAUGAGAAUUGCCAACCACAGAAGCUAAAUUAUCGUCCACCAAGUCUGGGAAGUGACGAACGAACAGAGACUAGAGCGGUUUGUUUACGAGGUUGGUGAUAGACUGGCAUUGUGUCUAUAGUCAUGUGCUGUUUGUUGUCUUUGUAUAUAAUAAUGGGGCGACUUUGCCAUCCACCCACAUGUAAAAUGGAAAAGAAUAUAUUUGUUACUUGUAUGGUUGAGGAAGGCACUUUUAUACCUGUGUCUGUACCUUUGGCCUCGACACCUUCGCGUUCCCUUCCCCUUCCCACAGAGGCACCCUCAUUUGAAAAGGGAGAAGGUCAUAGGAUCUUUUUAUAAGGUGAGAGAUUGUAAUAUGUCUGUUACUUGUAAGGCAAAAUAGACUGUUAAUCUUUCUAUCUGGUUUUGUGCCUUGUCCUUUCAGUGGGAAGCUCGUAAGAUCGUUUUUAAGCUGAGAGAAUAUGUCAGUGAAGUUGAAUGUUAAUUUUUCUGUCUAUCUUGGCUGCUAGGUGUUGUUCCCUUUCACAUAUGUAUAAUGAAAGGUCGUAAGAUCAUUUUUAAGCCAAGGGAACAUUCCAGUGAAGCUGAACAUUAAUCUUUUCGUCUGUUAUAAUAUCUCAUCCUUGAAUAUUGGCUUCUUGAUGUUGUUUCCAUUCAUAAAGAGAAGGAAGCUCACACGUUCUUUUAUAAGGCGAGAAAGUAUGACUGUUGCGUGGGUUACGGUUACGAGGGUUUCAGUCAGUGGUUGAGUGUCCUUCCAAGUUUUCCAUAACCAAGUGCAGAGUAGUGGGUUGUCUAUAUAAGGUGCACUCAACUAACAAAAACCCCCAUGUGAGUUGGACCUGUAGAUUCUCAGGGUCAUAUUCUUUGACAUUUUUGAGCCCAAGCACAUACAUUUGAUAAUGCUUUUGUAGGAGUUUUGGGUAUUUCCAGGGGUAGUUUAGUGAUCCUGGUGGUAGUGUGACCAUUCUUCUGUACCAUGAACCUAAAAUAACACUCAUGAGAACUCCGUCUCCAUUUUGGCCUUUGGAAAUAGUUGAGGUGAUGGGUGGAAGCGUCUGAAAAUACCAACCAUAGACAUUUUAAUUGGGGCUUAUACACCCACAUUUGGUAAGACAUAGAUAGAGGAGGUUAUUAGAGGUAUUAGUAGUAUUUCCAGGGGUAGUUUUAUGAGCAUGGUGACAGAUUGAUGAGGCUUCUUCUUCUUCUUCUUUUUUUAACAGCAAAGGAGACAGUUCAAGGGCGUAAAGAAAAAUAUUUAAAAAAAAAAAGCCCGCUAUUCACUGCUCCGGAAUAGAGGUCAAAGGAGUAUCCAAAAAGAGAGGUCAAUUUCUGCACCGUGAACCUAAAAGAACAUUCAUGAGGACUCAAUUGAUCUCCUUUUUGGUCUUUGGAAAUAGUUGAGGUGAUGGGUGGAAGUGUCUGAAAACACCCACACUUGGUAAGGCUUCGGUAGAGGAGGCUGUGUUUCCAUAGGUAGUUUUAUGAGCCUGGUGACAGUUUGACGAGACUUCUGCACCAUGAAUGUGAAGAAACACUCAUGAGAACCUGACUUAUCUUUUUUGUGCCCUUGGGAGAUCGUGUCUGUGAGAGCUGCAAGCAUUUAAGAACAAGCCAUAGCACCAGAUAUUAUUAGAUACUUUGUUAUACUUCUAGUGAGAGACAAUGGGCCAGUUUCACAGUUCCUCAUGAUGGGUUAGUAAGCUCCCAAACCAAUACCAGAGCCUUCAAAAUUUCCUUGUUUAGUGUCUGUUGUUUAUAUUUAAGUACACAAAUUUGAUGAAACUAUACUAGAAAAGUCUUGUGUAUUUAGUGUGGCAUCAAAGACCUCCCCAUUUUGGAUUGUAUGGGAUUCUAUAGUUUGGUUCGGGCUGUUACGAAGACACUGUUGGACUGUGAAAUCGGCUCAAUAUAUAGACUUUGAGUGGGAGAGUGUGCGAGAAAAAAUAAAAAUGUUAACGGUG